AGGAGCUCACCGGAUGUUGAUGCACUCACAUGUUGCUGUUCGGCUGUUAAGGCCGCUUCUCAUCGAUGUAGCUUGUGGAUAAUUAGAAAAAAAACUUCUCAUUAUUAAAUCAGGAUGUCAGCGUCGUUGCUCAGAAGAGGACUGGAGCUGCUUAGCGACGAUAUUAAAGAUGUCAGUAAAGGGAAGAAGAAGAAGCAGCAGCAGACCCCCAGCUCAGCCACUGUGAUGGAGCUGGUGAGCACCAAGCGGCAGGGAGUCACCAAGCAGGUCAAACGGCUGCAGGGUCGCCUGGGUCCGGGCAAGAGCAAAGCCACUGUCAAAGACAAGAGGAUCAAGUCUGCAGUGGAGGAGUUCAGGAAGAAGCAAGGGAAGAGCCAGAUGAGUGCAAACCUCAAAUACUUUAUGGCUACAGGCUACAAAGCAACAGAUUCUGACACUUCAAAGAUCCUGAAUCACAAUUUAGGGAGACAGUCGAGGAAUCGCCCUGAACUACUUGCCAAGAAGCCCAAGGAGCCGAAGUCGUUGUUCACAGAGGAGGAGUUCCAGCAGUUCCAGAAGGAAUACUUUGGCAGGACUGUGGAGGAGAAGAAAUAAAGUGCACGCACAAAAACAAAGACACUGCAGCAUCAGAGGAAACACCAUGGCUGCCUUUUGUGGCUCAAAGUGGAUUUCUGGACCAGGUUGUGUUCUGGAGGUUGGUUUCACUUCACGUCUGAAUGGAACAAUAAACUUUGAGGAGAAAUGCUCCUAUAGGCUGAAUCUAUGCUGGUUGUAGGACUUUGAACACACACAUAGGGAAUAUUGGAUUUACCUACCUGGGUGAUAAAAUGCUGUAAUUCAAAACUUAAAUUAGAUUUCUCAAGAAAAGAUACAGACAUAUGCAAAGUUCAUUGAAUUUGUUCAGUUUCUUCUCCAUAAUUGUAAUAAAUACAGAUAUAAAGAUUAUUUUUCUUAUUGUUAAAAUGGUCUCCUCCAGUCACAAUUCCAAUCAGCACAGUCUAUUUACCGGUAAUUGUUUUUUUUUUUUUAUCUUUAUGUUGACAUUUAAAAACACUGUAUUUUUGUAAAUUCAAUUCUUCUGUUACUCACAUCUUCAUUCUGGUUGUAGUAGCAAUAAACUAACUUACAAAAAGGGUUUUUGAAAAUGGUUGACUUUGUAUGAGUUUAGCUAUGGCCACGACUCAACAGGCUAUUUCCAGAAAAACACUGUACACGAAGAAUCUGGAUGAAGUUUCAGUGGUUGAAGUUAAAAUGUUUCAGCUCCCCCUCACUUCUGUUUGUCAUGGCAAUAACACAGUGUUGUGUAGUGCAGCAGAAAAUAGUAAAUGAAUGAACCUUAGAUGCCUUUUCCCACAAAUUCAAAUUAAUUUGUUAUUUGUAACAUGUAAGCUGGUGAUCACAUUAUCUGUUCACUGUGUGUCUGUGUGCAUGAUGUAUGUAUAUCAGCUUUGUUGACUUUGGAAAAUAUUUUUCAUUCAGCAGAACCUGCUAGAGGCGUGUUAAUAACAAGAAUGCAGAUGCUUGACUAACCGAAAGUGAAUACCAGUUAUGUCAUAAGAUGUUGAUGGCUUUUGCAUCUAACUGGUUCAGGUUUUAAGAUCAGCAUUCACACUUCGAUUGUGAGCAUCAGUGUGAGUGCAGCAAAGGAGAGAGACUGCAGGGUUACACGAUGUCACGGGUAAGAAAUUACAUAUUGUCAUAUAUGUCACUUGCUUUUUCAGAGAUUAUGAAAGUAGCAUGUGUAAUACUGCUUAUCUUUUUGGAGCCAUGUUUAUCUAUAUGGUCCCUGUUUCUGCUUACAGUAUAAAAUGUGCAAGAUAUUUUUGGUGUGUUCUGAGAUUUGAUCAAAACUUAAAAAUUAAAAAGUCAACAGCAA